CAAACGUUUUCUCCUAUACUGCAAGGUUAACGGAUAGUUGUCAGUUCCGCUAACAGAGCGCAGUGCAAUGCUCGCUCGGUGCGUUGCUCGCCGGCUGUGUAGGGCACGCGCUGGCACAGUGAUGCCAAGUCGUCGAUAUUUAGUAGUUUGAAAUCUCUGUAGUGGUGACACAGUGCGCGCAAUUUUUACUAUUAUUUACAAUGGGCAAGAGGAAAAGGUCUUACCGCAAUCUUAAGCGAAAUAAAAGAGCUUUGUCGGUUUCUGCCUACUGGAGAAGACAGAAUACUUCUAACAAUUCUGCAACAGUAUCAACAGCAGAAAGCAACCCAAGUGCACAAGAAACUGAACCGCAUGAAAUUUCAUCACAGAAUGAAAAUGAACAGACAGAAUUGGAUGAUAGUAUGCCACCACUUUUAAUUGAAGUUGAUCAAGGAGGUUCUUCUUGGGAUAAUCUGAAAGGAAACCGGCUCUUCAAUCCUGCAUACGUAAUUCCCAAAAUUCUUAGCCUUCAGAGCAGCCACAAGAAGCAGUGCACUUUGGGUACAAUCCAAUUCAAAAAAGAAAUCAGAAAUGGCUUACAUUGUAAGUGGUUCAUGGAAUGUGAUGGCUGCAAUCGACAAUAUGAGAUACAGAAUGAAGAAUGUGAUAGCAGUGUAAUGAAUAGUACGGGGGCAUGGGCUGCUGUGUCAUCUGGCAUCGGAUUCACACAAUUAGAAAACAUUCUGAGCAUUUUAAAUGUUCCUUCAAUGUCAAAGAACACUUACAUAAAGAAAGAAGUAGAACUAGAUAAGGUUUGGAGCGAGAACUUGGACCGAACCAUAUCAGAUGCAGGGAAAGAAGAAAGAGCUCUGGCUAUUCAAGAAGGAGAUGUAGACGAAGAUGGCAUUCCAUUUACUACAGUCAUUGUGGACGGUGGAUGGGCCAAGCGUUCUUACGGGCAUAAAUACAACUCUCUUUCAGGAGUGGUAAGUUACUUACGGGUCUAACAAUAUCAAUUUCAAUAAUGUCGCAGUUGUUAAGAAGUAAAGGGCUGAGGUACUGUUACGAAAUACAUAUUUCUUUGGCUAAGUUAGGCCCCGCUAGUUUGGAUUUUUCCUAUAUUUUAAUUAUAUUUAAUGAAAUAUAUAUGAAUUUCAAGGCAUAAAUAAUAUCUCCCAGACCUAUAACUUGUAAUAACAUAUAUUUAAAAAAAGGUCUUAUUAUGUAAGCACUGAAAGGAAAUAAUUAUUAUUUCACUCAUUAUUACAACGAACAUGAUAAUCACAUCAGUUCAAAAGUGUUGACUUCAACAAGUGGGCAAAGCUAAGUCCUAUGUUAUGUUGACUCGAAACAUUUAUCACGGAAGAUUUGUUACAAGCAGUAUCAAAAUAUUUGAAAUUGCAAGAUGCGAGGUUGUCAGACCAUAUACGUCCCAUAUGAAUUCGAUCUCCUAAUUUUCCUGUAUGGUUAAUCCACAUUUUCUGCAAGUGAGAUAUUUGGAUGACGUUUCCAUACGUAUAUGGAUAUACUCCUAUGUAUGCCACCUAUGUAUUUUGAUUUAGUCGAUUCAUUAACAAUGUGUCUGCCAUUUGGUUGGUGAUUCUCGGAUCUUAGGUUCAGUCCAAUGCUAUUUUAUUAAUGUCUGUACUAAGAAAUGUUCAUGAUAUUAAACCAUCUAAAAAUGUUUACUACAUACGGAAAUUAUUGUGCAAAACUGGAAUAUAAAUAAUCCCAUUCCUCUAAUGCAAGAAUGUAAAUGUUAGGAUGUUUGAAUGUUUUUUUUUACUCACGAAUUUCUUCACUAUUGUAAUAAAAUUCGUAAUAGAUGUAACUCUUACAUUAGAAAAAAACAUUAAGUUCUUUUCAACCUGAAUAAAUUGAGUUCUUUAAUACAUAGGCAUUAAAAUAUAUACUACUAGUAUUACAUAAAAAAAUUUACUUUAAAUAGAUUUGACUUCAACAUAAAUAAACUAAUUCUUAACUUCUCUUUCCAGGCAGUGAU